AUGGUGGCGGCGGUCACGGCGGGGCCCGUGGCCGGGUCCGGCGGGGUGCUGGCAUUGCACCUGGCGCCGCGCUACCUGCUGCUCAACUCCCUGGACGCGGCGCUGCAGUACCGGCAGCAGGGUACCGGCGCGGAGGCGGAGCUGGGGCCGGGGGUGAGCUGCCCGCUGCGUUGGGCGGAUGCGGGGCUGCCGCUGCGGCUGUGUGUCCGCCUGCAGGAGGCUGGCUGGCUCUGGUCCGGCGGGUUUGGCCUGGACUCGCCGGGGGACACCUUCAUCAAGGUCCGGCACCGCGACCGCGGCGAGACCAUGCUGCUGCGCGUAGGCGUGGCCGCCGCGGCGGCGGGGACGCUGGCGGUGACGCUGAGCCAUCAGCCCGCGGGCUUCGCGCCCUACCGCCUGGAGAACUGCAGCCUGCUCACCCUGCACGCCCGCCAGCGCCGGGUGAGAGAGCAGCAGGACGUGCUGCGGCCCUACUGCAGCCUGGGGUACGCCUGGGACGAACCCGCCCGGCCCCAUCAGCUCGUGCUGGAGCUGGCGGGGGGGUGCGCCUCGGCACCUGGGGCCUCGACCAGGGUGCCCCAAGACGACCUGGUGUCCAGCCCCCUUGGCCCGGUGAGGGUGGUGCUGCGCGCCGAGGGCCCCACCCGCGUCCUCACGCUGCUGGACCCCAUGCGCCACCCUUUCUUCCUGCGCCGCGGCGCGGCGGGCCUGGGCGCCCCCGGCGCGGGGGCCUUGGCGAGCGUGGCGCCGGGCGGCGUGGGGCUCGCCCCGGCGAGCGCCGGCGAGGAGGAGACCGCCGCCGCGAGCGGGCUGCAGUGGCGCGUGAGCGCCAGCCUGGCCGGCGUGGGUCUGUCCGCGGUGGUGGGCGGGUGCGAGGUGGCGUAUGCGCGGGCGACGCGCCUGGCCGCGCGCCUGGCCGUCGGCCCCGCACACCUGUCGCUCGGCCUGGAAAGCGCGGCGCUGCAGCUGGACGACCCGCGCCCCCGCGCCGCCUUCCCCGUGGUCGCGGCGCUACCGGCCCCCCGCCAGGGCCUGGCCCCGCGCCGCGUCGACGACCUGCUGGCCGGGGGGGAGAGGCAGGCGGGCCUGGCCGCUGCGCUGACGCUGUGGCGCCGCCGGCCCGCGGGCGUGCUGUGCGUGGAGGACGCGCGCCUGACCUGCGCGCCGCUGGCCCUCUGGCUGGCGCAGGAGCACCUGGAGGCCCUGGCUGGCGCGGCGCGGGUGCUGGGCAGGGCAGCGGGCGUCGGAGGGGGGGCGGGGGCCCCGGGAAGCGGUGGCGCGCAGGAGGUGACGGGGCGGCGAUCCCCGGGGGUGCUGCAGCUGCUGGGGGGCGCGCCGCUGGCGCUGGAGGCCGACAGGAAGCUGUUCAUCAACCUGCUGGCCCUCGCGCCCCUGCGCAUCUCCCUGUCCUUCCUACCCACACCCCUGGGCGACGGGGCGGGGACAGUGGGCCCCUACCGGCGCCUGCUGUCCCUGGCUGAGGUGGAGGACGCGCGCAUCCGUCUCGCCGCGCUUUCCUUGCACCGGCCCCUCAUGGGCCAGGCGGCGCUGGGUCAGCUCCUGCAGCGCCACUACGCGCGUGCCAUCCUGCCAGAGGUCUACAAGAUCCUGGGGUCUGCGGCGGUGUUUGGCGAUCCCAUCAGGCUCGUGCAUCACCUGGGCCUGGGCGUGUGGUCGGUGCUGGCCUCCCCUGCCGCCGGGCUGGUGGAAAGCGCGCGCAGCAGGGCCCCAGCCCAGCUGCUGCUGGGCCUGGCGGAGGGGCCGCGCGCCGCCGCCGCGCACUUUGCCUUCGCGCUGAGCAAUGCUGCCGGGAAGACGACCGCCGCGGCGCGCAAGGCCAUGUCGGCGCUGGGGCUGGACAGGUACACUGCUGAGUACCCCCACCGGCCCAGGCGGGUCGAGAGGGACGGGGGCUCAGCGCUGAUCUGGCGCUCGGGGACUUCACUGCUUUCUGGUGAAGACCAGGGGCCGACAAACGGACGCGGCGAGGCCCUGCUCCCCGCCACCCUCCGUGGCCUGCUGGGCGCAGCGCACGGCCUGGUCAAGGGCUCAGUGGGAGUGGUAGUGCUGCCCCUGGCCUCCGCGCUGGACAUGCUGGCGCGCACUGCCGCCAGCGUCCGGCUGGCGGUGGUCGGUGCGCCGGCGCUGGGCUGGACCCGACCCCCCCGCUACGUGCCCGCCGGCGCCCCGCUGCCGGCGUAUGUCGCCGAGCAGGCGCUCGGCCGCUGGCUGCUUCUGGAGCUGGAGGCGGCGGGGGAUCACCUGUCGGAGAUCAUGACGAAGACCUCGAGCGUGCCCACCGAUCCCCAUGAGCGCCUGGCGGCCAUCUCCCGGGAGUUUGGGGAGUAUGGAGACUUCCUCUACAUUUACCGGUGGGCACAUGGGCUGUCGGUGUUUGGCAUCACCUCCACCCAGCUCCCCGUGGACGACCUGGCGCGGUGGGAGGCUGCGCUCACCCCCCGCACCCGCGUGCUGUACGUGGAGAGCGUGUCCAACCCCACGCUGGUGGUCGCCGACAUCCCAGCCCUGGCGGCGCUGGCCCGUGCCCACGGGCUGACCCUGGUGGUGGACAACACCUUUGCGCCCAUGAUCAUCUCGCCCAUCGCGCACGGCGCCGACGUGGUGGUGCACUCCGUCACCAAGUUCAUCUCCGGCGCCUCGGACGUCGUGGCCGGCGCCGUGGUCGGCCGCGCGGCCUUCAUUCACGGGCUCAUGCACCCAUGCUCCGGCCCGCUCAUGCUGCUGGGGCCCACCAUGGACCCAAAGGUGGCGGCGGAGCUCACCCUGCGCCUGCCCCACCUGGCGCUGCGCCUGCGCGAGCACGGCGCGCGCGCGGAGCUCUUCUCGCGUCGCCUGGAGGCCCUGGGCGCGGCGGUGCGCUAUCCGGGCCUGCCCAGCCACCCGCAGGCGGAGCUCUUCGCGCGGCUGGCCAACCCGGGCUAUGGCGCGGGCGGCAUCAUGACCGUGGACCUGCGCACGCCGGGGCGGGCGGGGGCCUUCAUGGAGCGCCUGCAGAACAAGCACGGCUUCGGCCUGCUCGCCGUCAGCCUGGGCUACUUCGACACCCUCAUGUCCGCCAGCGCCGCCUCCACCUCCAGCGAGCUCUCCGACGCCGACCUGGAGGCGGCGGGCAUCUCGCGCGGACUCGUGCGCCUGUCCGUCGGCAUCACAGGCGGCGCGGAGGCGCGCUGGGCGGCGCUGGAGGAGGCCUGGCGCGCCGUCGCCUCGGUGCCGGACCACGUCGUCAAAGCGCCCUACAAGGCAGCCCAGAUUCGCAAGGAUGCGGUGACGGGGGCACGCCUGGGACGGACCCCAUCCUGGCACAGCUUUGGGAGCGACGAGGAGGGUGCAGACCAGGCGGAGCAGGAGCAGAAGCGGAUGAAGAGGGACGGACCCUGGGUGCGACGCAUCGACACCACCACCGAAGUGGAGUACACUCCCGUGGCCUGA